AUGAGCAGGUAUCACGACCCUUCAGAGUCGUCGCAACCCUACAAGGAUCCCACACCUCUGCCUGACAAUGUUCCGAAGGUACAAGAGUUGGGCACAACCAGUGCGCCUCUCAAGAGCGCGGCGUUCUUCCUCGGGGCGUACUGCAAGGACUACAACGAUGACUUCAUGCUUUGCAAAGCGGAGAACCGUGACCCAGAGCACUGCCUGAAGGAGGGGAGGAGAGUGACUCGAUGUGCGAUAGACCUCAUUUCUAAGAUGCGUGAUUCCUGUAUGCAAGAAUUCGAGCAACACUGGACUUGCUUGGAGAAGAACAACCAGGAGUAUUACCCGUGUCGCAAACCCGAGCGGGCACUGAACAAGUGUAUGUUCGAGAAAUUUGGUCUUGCCAAAGUCAUUCCUGGUUCGCCAGAGGGUAAAACACCCAUUCACGAUGUCCAAAAGCCCAUCUAUACCGGCGUGCAGAAAUAG